AUGUUUGAAGAAUUCAACCUUUCAGAAUCAGAUUCUAACCUCCAAAAACCCCAAAGAGGACGUAGUUAUCAUGAUCGUUAAGGUAUCUCUAAAAAUAAAUUAUAGCAACAAGUUAAGAAAAACUAGAAACUCAACAAUAAUAUCAAUAUUUUUAAAAGUUUCUUGAAAGCUGCCAAAAUAUCCCUAUUGAUUUUACUUAUCUGAGUGAAUAUUUUAAUAUACCUUUUCAUGAUUGCCCUAAUGAUUAGGAAAUUUUUAAAAUUCAAAAAAAAAUACAUAGCCGGCGCUUUUCAAUAAAUUAAAAAAAGAGCUGGAGUCUAGAUGAAAAAAAAGUAUUGGUUUGGGUUAUUGGAAAAUAUUGUUAACUUAAUUAGAAAAAUUGUAGAUUUUUAGAUAACCAAGACUUCAUUGAGAUAAGUAAAUAUCUUAUCAGAAGAAAUGUUGAUAAUAUUAGACAAAAAUGGUUCUCAAUGUUAAAAACCUCUUUAGUAGCUCAACCUUUUAAAAAAGAAGAAGAUUAAGAAAUUCUCAUUCUCUAUGAAAAAUAUAAGCAUAAAGAUAAAAAAUGGAAAUUGAUAGCAAAUGAAAUGAAUAGUAAUCAUCUAAUUUAUCGAACUUGUAAACAGCUUAGAGAAAGAUGGAUAAACUACUUAGAUCCUAGUUUAUUAAAGAUUAAAGAUCCUUGGACUGAUAGAGAGGACCUAGAAUUAAUUUAUCAAAUAUAAUAGAAAGGUAAAAAAUGGAUAGAGAUUGCAAAAAUAUUGAAAAGAAAUGAAAAUUAAGUUAAAAAUCGAUUCAAUUGUUUAUUAAAGAGAGAGGAUGUACAAAAUGAUUUAAAUAAAUUGAUCGAUAAGAUUUUAUGGAAAAUUAGCAAGUAGCCAGUAGAUAGAAAUUAAUAAGAUUAAGAAAGACAUGAAUUUGUUUAUAAUAAAAAUUAGAGUUUGCUUUUAACAAUAGCACAGAUAGAAAGUUUAUAAAAAGAAGAAGUUCAUGAACUUACCCCUUGUAUGGUUAAUUUAAAAACAAAUCAAAUUUAUUUUACACCAAUUAACAUUUUAUAAGGUUUGUUAAGAAUAGAAAAACCAGAAUUUAAUGAUGAUUUUGAACUAGCCAAAAAAGAUAUUGAGAAAUUUGAAUCGAUACCUCACCAAUUUUAUCAUUCUUUAUCUAUUAUAAGUGAAGAGUAUUCUAUUUCAAAAAACUAAGAAUAAAUUUAGCACAAUAUUAAAUCUUUGGCAGAUGUAUCUAAUUUCGAAUCUCCAUAAAUGCCUAAAUCUCUUAAAAAUAAUUCAAUCUUUCAUCAUAGAAGAUUCUUAACUACUUUAAAAUACAAAUAUUUUAAAUAUCGGACUGAUUUUAAUCUUCCUUAAAUUACUAACUAUAAUUAAUAGAGAUCGUUGCCCUUAUUUAUUAUAUGUUGA